AUGGCAACUCAAACUACUAUUCGGCAGUAUAAUUCAGAUAUCCCAGAGUUUAGAAAAACAAGAAUUUUACCUAUUCAGAGCCUAAACUGCCCCGGUCAAGAUUCCAUCGAGCUUCAGAAGCAAUGGGAGGCGGAGAAACAGCGAGGUAGCCCAGAGGCACAAGCUCUUCUUGAGGCCGCAGAGUCACUACGUAUAAGUGAAAUUCCUGUUGCUUUUCCUACCGAAACAGUCUAUGGACUGGGAGCGGACGCGACUCGAAGCGCUGCUGUUCGGGGAAUUUACAAAGCAAAAAAAAGGCCGUCAGAUAAUCCCUUGAUUGUCCAUGUAAGCUCUAGGGAACAGUUAGAACGUCUAUUACGAUCAUCUCAGACUUCAACCGUAAACGAGAAUAUUCGUUGCACCCCUUCUCUUAUUCCACCGAUAUAUGAGCCAUUAAUAGAACGGUAUUGGCCUGGUCCUCUGACGAUAUUAAUUCCAAACCCGAAGCAUUCACCCCUGGCUCCGGAGGUUACCGCAAAUCUUGCCACAUUCGGUGUCCGUAUACCAUCUUCACCCUUAGCUCGCCUCCUUAUUCAUAUCACCGAUCGCCCCUUAGCUGCCCCUUCAGCAAAUGCGUCAUCAAAGCCCUCACCGACCACUGCUCAACAUGUAUAUACAGAUCUCCAAGGCCGAAUUGACAUCAUUUUGGACGGAGGUCCCUGUGGUGUCGGUGUUGAGAGCACUGUAGUUGACGGUCUGAGCCAGCCACCAGCUAUCCUACGGCCAGGUGGGGUCGGAAUCGAAGAGAUUCGCGCGUGCCCCGGUUGGGAGAAUGUCUGUAUUGGAUAUAAAGAUGGUGCUCUACAGGCAAAUUCUGCACCGAGAGCUCCAGGUAUGAAAUAUAAACAUUACUCCCCCAAAGCUAAAGUUAUUUUAUUCGAAGCCACCAAAGAUAUGUCGUCAGCGAGGAGGCACGCAUUGCGAGAGUUACAGUCUUCAACUCUGCCAAAGCUAGGCAUUAUUCGAACCAAGCUCUGGCAGCGAGGUUUGGGAAUACCCGUUCUGCGUCCGCUGUCUACACCUAACUGUACUAACGGCCUCGGUGAAAUCAACCAAAAACAUAUGUCUAACCCUUGUAUCUCCCUACUUCCUAUUGAGAGGCUACUUGUAUCCUCCUUGGAUUCCUCCACACCUCCCGCUGAGAUGUUCGAUAUUUCUAUUGGAACUGAUACCCGAUCAAUUGCAAGAAGCCUAUUUUCAGCUUUACGCAAGCUGGACGAAAACAAUGUUUCUACAAUCUAUGUUGAGGGCAUCCCGGAUACGGAAGGUGAUAUAGCAGCUGCUAUCAUGAACCGGCUACGGAAAGCUGCUGAAGACCGUGUUCAUACUGUAUAG